GGUGGGGGGGCGGUCAAAGAGGACCGGAAGUGUAGCGUCACUUCCCGAGAGUGACGGAGCGGCGGGUCAAGAGGCGGCAGCAAAAUGGCGGCGCCGGCGGAGCGGGAGCUGACGGCGGAGCAGACCGAGAAGCUGCUGCAGUUCCAGGACUUGACUGGCAUAGAGUCUAUGGACCAAUGUCGUCAUACUCUGGAGCAACACAACUGGAAUAUAGAGGCAGCUGUACAGGACCGGCUGAAUGAGCAAGAAGGUGUCCCGAGUGUCUUUAAUCCACCUCCAUCCCGACCACUGCAGGUCAAUACAGCUGACCACAGAAUCUACAGCUACGUUGUUUCAAGGCCACAACCCAGGGGCUUGCUAGGAUGGGGUUACUACUUGAUAAUGCUUCCAUUCCGACUUACCUAUUACACAUUACUUGAUAUAUUUAGGUUUGCUUUGCGUUUUAUACGCCCUGAUCCUCGCAGUCGGGUCACAGACCCAGUGGGUGACAUUAUUUCCUUUAUUCAUAUGUUUGAGGAGAAGUAUGGGAGGAUACAUCCUGUCUUCUACCAGGGAACAUACAGCCAGGCACUGAAUGACGCCAAGCGGGAACUGCGCUUCCUCCUGGUGUACCUGCACGGUGACGACCACCAGGACACGGACGAGUUCUGCCGCAACACCCUGUGCGCAUCUGAGGUGAUCACCCUCAUCAACACCAGGAUGCUGUUCUGGUCCUGCUCCACAAACAAGCCGGAGGGGUACCGAGUGUCCCAGGCUCUGCGAGAGAACACAUACCCCUUCCUGGCUGUGAUCAUGCUGAAAGAUCGCAGAAUGACUGUGGUGGGACGGCUGGAAGGCCUCAUCCAGCCAGAUGACCUUGUUAACCAGUUGACAUUCAUCAUGGAUGCCAACCAGACAUACCUGGUGUCCGAGCGCCUGGAGAGGGAGGAGAGGAACCAGACGCAGGUCCUGAGGCAGCAGCAGGAUGAAGCAUACCUGGCUUCCCUGCGCGCAGAUCAGGAGAAGGAACGCAAGAAAAAGGAGGAGCGGGAGAGGAAGAAAAAGAAGGAAGAGGAGGUGCAGCAGCAGAAGCUGGCUGAGGAGAGACGGCGGCAGACACUGAAGGAAGAGAAGGAGCGGAGGUCGGAAUGCCUUCCCCCGGAGCCACACCCUGAUGACCCAGAGAGCGUCAAGAUCAUCUUCAAACUGCCCAAUGACUCCCGAGUAGAGAGGCGAUUCCACUUCACACAGUCGCUAACGGUGAUCCAUGAUUUCCUGUUCUCCCUGAAGGAGAGCCCAGAGAAGUUCCAGAUCGAGGCCAAUUUCCCGCGCCGCGUGCUGCCCUGCCUCCCCACAGAGGAGUGGCCCAACCCACCCACGCUGCAGGAGGCUGGGCUCAGCCACACAGAGGUGCUCUUUGUGCAGGACCUCACGGACGAUUGAUGUGGCCCCGCCACACGGCCCGAGGACCCCAGACGAUGAUUACAACACAAUAUUUUUUUUAAUGACUGCUGCGUACAGAUGAGGGAUCAGAGGCUACGUCGCCGGCGCCAGCCAUGCUGCGAGCCUGUUCUGGUGCCGGGCAGCGCCUGCAAGCUCCCGCACCAUCACUCCUGACACUGUGGGCAGAGGGAGGGAGACGACGCUGCCGUCUCCGGGGGGCAAAACCGGCAGCUCCCGGUAAAUCUCGCUUUGAUCAGAAACCCUUGGCCCCCUGCCCCUGCCACCCGGGGAGGAUUUGGGACUCGGCUGCUAUGGGCGGCCCGUGUGGCAGGCAGGGGCUCCUGCCCGUGCUGGGGGUGGGGCCAGAUGGACAGACUCUCCUCCGCUUCCCCUGUGUAUAGACACCUUUGUUUUAAUCUCUCUCGCUUUGUAAUGACCAAAGGAGCCCGGGGUUGACAAUAGUAUUAAUUUUUGAUAAGAGCUGGUUGAAGUUCCUGCCCCCUGGGUGCCGGCUCAGGGCUCUUAGCCUGCAUAGUGUAAUAAACUCUGCCUCUAGCGUGCCUGUG